AUGUCUCCCGUGCCGAGCCCAAAUCAAUCACACCUUCUAGGCCAUGGAUCAAGGAAAGAGAAGCGCAUGAGGAAGGUGGAUACCUUUGCGCCGCACAACGACGGCCACCAAUGGAGGAAGUACGGCGAGAAGAAGAUCAACAACUGCAACUUUCCCAGGUACUACUACAGAUGCACCUACAAAGACAACAUGAACUGCCCGGCCACCAAGCAGAUUCAGCAGAAAGAUCACAGCGACCCCCCAUUGUACCAAGUCACAUACUACAACGAGCACUCAUGCAACAGCGCCUUCCUUGCCCUCACUCCCACAGAGUUCCAGCUGCAGACCGCAUCUGGAAAGGCAGUCUCCAUCUGCUUUGAUUCAUCCGGGGCUCAGGAGCCGGGAGCCAAUGCGAGCUCGCCUUCUUCGAGUGCGGCGCCACGCGCCACGCCUUCGGAGAGCAAGAACAAGCCCCUUGCGCUGCGUUCAGAGGCGCUUUCUUCCUGGGCCCCCGGCGUUGUGGAGCAAAAGACGGCCUGUGCUGAUCUCCAGUCCUGCAGCACCGAGUGCCAAGAUGCAUACAUUUCAGAAGACAUAGAUGCAGGGAGAUUCGGUUCUAUCAGAUUCUUCCAUUUUUUGUAA